AUGUUCGAAAUCUUGUGAUGUAUAUUCGAAAUCUUGUUAUGUAUAUUCUAUAAUCUUGUGAUGUAUAUUCGAAAUCUUGUGAUGUAUGUUCGAUAAUCUUGUGAUGUAUAUUCGAAAUCUUGUGAUGUGUGUUCUACAAUUCAGUGAUGCGUGCAAUAAAAUUGCAUGACGCAACAGAAAAGUAAGGACAAUUUUCAUUGGUUAGAAAUAACGAAAGUAGCUGAAGCGUCGGGAAAACCAUGCAGGUGAGAAAAAAACAUCAGUUUGUUUAUUGCAGCACUAAUUACGAGAUGCACGAGUGUUGUUCCUGGUGACAUGAUGAAGAUAUUUCGGCCUGCUAGGGAAAAAAACUCAGUAAACACGAGCUCAUCGCCAACCAGGAGAUCAGAAUGAUCGCAUCUGCUCCUGCCACUUUAAGGAUGGUAAGAAGGAGGGGGACCCUGCAUAUUUUGCAUGGAAUGAAGGAAAAGCCAUGGAUUUCUCUGAUCCUGAAUUUACAAAAAGGAGGAAAAAACUCAAAAGUGAGGAGUCCCUGUCAUCUUAAGAUGGACCAGUUGCAGAUUCCACAAGCACCAAAAUGUCAAUAUCAAGAAAAAUUGAUAUCAGAGCACAACUACUCAGCGUCCUGCACAUUUAACUGUACUCAAGAAAUGCAGCGCCUCUCAACAGAAAUACAACUGGAAAAGGAAUUGCUUGCCCUAAAAACAGAGUCUAGUAAAAGGAAGCCAAUAUCAAUCCACGAUAUUAAAUACAACGAAGAGAAGGUAUCUGAUCAGCAGGGGCAUUUUCUCUAUAUAAGAAGAAAAUGGAGACUCCCUACCCACCUGAUUUAUUUGUCGGACAGUUUUCUGUACAAUGCAG